GUCCAGGGGAGACAGAAGAAUCAGUCUCCUCCACUCCUGUGAUUGAGGGCAAGUCAGAAGAACUACUUGGCACAGAACUCCAGAGGGAUGCAGAGGCCUGCCAGCCUGCCCCUGAUCAUGCUGCCCUUCCCAAGAUCCACAGCCGGAGAUUCCGGGAUUACUGCAGCCAGAUGCUCAGUAAAGAAGUGGACGCUUGUGUCACAGACCUACUCAAGGAACUGGUUCGGUUCCAAGAUCGUAUGUACCAGAAAGAUCCAGUCAAGGCUAAGACCAAACGCCGGCUUGUAUUGGGGUUGAGGGAAGUUCUUAAACACCUAAAGCUCAGGAAACUGAAAUGCAUCAUCAUUUCUCCCAACUGUGAGAAGAUACAGUCGAAAGGUGGACUGGAUGACACCCUGCAUACCAUUAUCCAUUAUGCCUGUGAGCAGAACAUUCCCUUUGUAUUUGCUCUCAACCGCAAGGCUCUAGGGCGUAGUCUGAACAAAGCAGUUCCUGUCAGUGUUGUGGGGAUCUUCAGCUAUGAUGGAGCCCAGGACCAGUUCCACAAGAUGGUCGAGCUGACAAUGGUGGCCCGGCAGGCAUACAAAACCAUGCUGGAGAACAUGCAGCAGGACCUGGCAGGAGGAGCUGGGCCUCAGAUUCCUCCCAGCCCACCCACACAGGACCCCAGCUGCUCUUCUGUAGAUGAUCCCCCAGCCUCCACCGGAAAAGAACCACACUACAUUGAAAUUUGGAGAAAACAUCUGGAAACAUACAGUCGAUGUGCCCUGGAGCUAGAAGAAUCACUGGAGGCGUCAACCUCUCAGAUGAUGAACUUGAAUUUAUAAGAAGAGAGCUCUUUCCUGUGUGUCUGUGUAUUUUGGUUGGAUGAUCCAUGGAUUCAGAACCUGCAGAUAGGAGACCAACUGAAUUUCCUUCCUUUUAACUGCUGAGUGUCUUUCACAAUGUCACAUUUUAUUUAGCCAUUCCCCAGCUGAUGGGCAUCCAGCUAGAAUCUUCCUGUGAGCAAUGAACUCUUGGGAGGUGUUAUGAUCAAGUAAUGAGUUUUCUGUAACAUCAAACACUGUCAGCUCUAAAAGCAGCACAGUCUCCUCCACCAUCCACCAGCUCUACCCAACAGUGGAGCCUCUGGAAGGUUCUCAUGACUGAGCCCUUGGACAAGAAUCUGGCUUGCUCAAGUUGGAGCCAAUCCACCCAAACCCCAUGGGUUGGGAUCUUCAACUGCAAAACCCCUCAAAGAAAAGCUUUCUUGGGGGUGAAGAGGAACAAUGCAAAAUGUUCUCGCCACAAAUCCUACCUUUAUGAGGACAUCUUUAAGUAUUCAUAAAUUGGUCAAAUACGUGCUUACAUUAGACAUGAAAGAUGUUUUUUAAAGUACUUACGUUCCAUUCAUUCUUUUUAAACUAUCCAACUCCUUCUGAAUGCAGAGGAGAUUAAAGAGAGAGGGAAAGUGAGAGUUAAAACCAGUCUGUAGGACCACCAUAUCUACACUGUGCCAUCAGCGGACACCAGCUGGUGGCUACAAAGUUAAAUCCAUGCUGCAGAGGCUGCCCCAAGCAUGUCCUGCAUGCUGCCCAGUUUCUCCCAACUCCCAGCUGUGGGCCCAUUGGAAACAUCACUUGUGUCUGCCUGAGUCACAAGCCUCCAAAUACCCCUGCCAUCCAAUCCUGUCAGUUCAGAAGAGACUGGCCAGGGUACUUGCUGCUCACAGCCUGGAGAGAGUCUGCAACAUGAUCAGCCACCAACGUAGACAUUUAUCAGCUCUUCUAGCAACCAAGUCUGUGAAUACUGGAUCUCAAAGGAGGGAAAUUGUCCUUCUGGCUGGGAAGGAUCCAAGUGCAGGCUCCAAGGUCAGAUAAUGGAUGGACACAACCAAGGCCAGGCUUAACCAUGCCCUGCCCUUUUAGCUGCCAUGCAUGGAGGAUGGGGGCAGGGAGAUGGAGAGUUUCAUGAGACUCUCUGCCAUGGUCAUCUUACCUGUGCACUGCACAAGCGUGUCCAGUCUAUCCUGACUUGGGAGCCAUCUCACCACACCAGGCCCUCCUCUCCACCAUCUCUCAGGGAACCCCUUCUACACACACCACGGGGCAUUUCCCCCAGGUGGACCCACCCUGACCCCUCAGGGAUGGCCUUGUCCUCACCUGUUCUGGAUGGCUGACUCCACGGAGACAUGAGUGGGACAAGGGAAGGCCAGGCCAUGUGACCUCCAGUCAGCCCUCUUUGGAGGGUUACCAGCAGAGCCAGGGUGCCAGGAAGGAUCCCAGGAACUGCAGAUUCUCUUUAGUCUAAUAGGCCUUUAAUCAGACAGCCCCAAACCACUUAUAAAAAUUACCACAAAAACAGCUGUUUGGGGGAAAAAAAGCCUAAAUCAAGGCUCCAAACCCACCACAGGCAGCAGGGAGAGGCUACAGAGGCCAAGUGAGCCACACUGCAGUCUUGGGGCCCCAGGCCUCACCUGCACAGCUGUCUUCUGCUUCCUUAGGGUACAAUGUCAAAAGCAGAACCUGUAACACAGCUCUCAUUUCUCCCAGAAGCCUCAUGGAGUUCAAGGCCACAUGGGCCUCCCCUCCAGGGAGGGCUGUCUGCAGACUGACCCAACCAUGCAACCUGUUCUGAGACUGCAAAGCCCACAGGACAGCCUCUGGAUUCUCACGUGCCAAAGCCUGCAAAAAAGUCUGCCCUGGUCUGAUCCACCCCACAGGGGACCACAAUCAGCCACCCUCCCUCACAGGUGGCCUCAAUAGAACAAGAGAACAGAAAAGAUCCCAGAUGGAACCAAGUAUCUAUGGGUAGAACAGUGGCCAUGAGGUCACAGGAGAGUUCAAGGCCUGUCUCCCACCUGAUUAGUCCAUCCCAAUGCUAGGAAAGGGUUACACCCUCCCAUCUCAGCUCCCACCAUGCUCUCCACAACUCCCAGGCCCCUGGCCACUAGCAUUCUGGCCCAUGGGAGAACUGCCAAAGAUAGGAAGUCAGAGGAACCAUUUCUCCAGGCUCUUGUGGCACCUCCAGCAGAGGCAGCUGCAGAUCAGGAGGCCCCAGCCCCACAUGUGCAGAAAGAGAGACAAGAGUAUCACCAUUUUCCUUCACUCCACCUGCCCACGUUGGCAGUGGCUUCCGGCAGUUCUUAUGUCUUCAGGUAACCUUUCCUUUACCAUUUUGCUCCAAGCCCCUUUGUAAUGAAGUCCUGGCAUCAGACAGCGCCGUCCAACUGCCCCAAGGCACCAAGCUUUCACUCUCUCCCAAGCUCUCGUUUGGCAGUGUGAAGGCUCUUGCUGUGUCUGCCAGUGAAGGGGCCCUGGGACCUUUGCCAUGUCAUAUGGACCCAACAGUGUUUCCCCACCACUGAGGAGGCUUCCAAGUGUGCCUGUGAAGGUGUCUGCUUGCACCAAAGAUUCGGAUGUCAUGGAGACAGGUAGGACUUUCCCAUCCUGUUGUCUGGGGUAAAUUACCUGACUAAAGAUUAACAUGCAGCCUUGGUCCACAGCAUUGAGCAAAGGCGCUGGACCACUGGGCACAGAGGUACACACCAGUAGUUCCAGCUACUUGAGAAGCUGAGGUGGGGGGAUUGCUUAAGCCUAAGAGUUCAAGGCCAACCUGGACCACACAGCAAGACUCCAUCUCAAAAAAAGAGAGUUUGGACCAACAGAGCCAGCCAGUCAGAAGUCUGUCUUUUCCACAGUGCUCAGUCACAACUCCUGUCCACGGUCUGAGGACAGCCUGUGCAGGGCCACUACCUGCCAGGAGGUGUGUUGCAUUCACAGUGGACAGAGCUACCUGGCAGCUCCCACAGCUGCCUUAACAGAAAUCUCUUUGCAGUUUUGACAGUUUGUUAAAAAUUUGUCUUAAAAGACAAACUGCAUUUGCUUUCCUUCCUUGUUCAUUUUAUUCCAUUCUGUGUAGAGGCUUAAGCCUGCCAGGCACACAGAAACCAGGGCUGCUGGGUGCUGCCAAAGCCAGGUACACAACUAAAGCAUGGUUUGGGACAAACUGCCAUCCUUCAAGAGUGGUUGUCCCCCGGGAAUAUUCUCCAGCACUGGGCCAGCCCCUCCUGUGUCUGCAGGAACAGUACCACAUUUCAAACAGCACGAGGCAAACCAUUAAUACAACUUCCCUUUUGGAAGCUCGGAAGUUACUUUUUAAAAACUUCCAAAUGCCAGGCUGACAGAAUGGCUCAAGUGGUAGAGUACCUGCCUAGCAAGCACAAAGCCCUGAGUUCAAACCCCAGUACCACCAAGAAAAAAAAAAAAAAAAAGCCAACUCUAUCAACCUCCAAUUUGUUAGGGACAGGAAAGCAACCUUCCAUACCACAGUGGCCUUUGGGCCAAAUCUAGCCCACAGCUGGUUUCUGUAAGUACCUGCCUGCUCACUACACAGUCUAUGCUACUUUUACAAUGACACUGAGUAGGGGUGACAGAGGCUGACUGGCUGGGGUCACAGCCUACGGAAGCCUGAAACACCUGACCCUUUAUGGUUGACGCCUGCUGUCUGUUCACAGUUUAUCUUGUGAAAGUAUGAGCUGACUUGACCUCAGAGGCACAGCCAGGAACAAGGUGGGUGGUGUAGGCAAAGUGGGGAGACCAAGUGGAUGGGGCAGAGCACUCCCUGCCCCACCCCCCCGCGCCCAUCUGCCUCAGAGCGUGC